GACCAUGUAGCUGGACACCUGCGACAUACAAUACAAAAUACGGGGCAAAUAAGCGGUGGAAUUGAAUGGGCAGCGUAUUCUUUUAACGACUUUUCAUGACGUCACUUAUUUAAACUGAAAAAAAGUAUUUUACCUUUCAUAGCCGUCCUGAAGACGCUCGCCGGGGCCGCCAUAUUUGUUGGGUAACAAAUGUUGAGCAUGCGCAGUUUGACUGAUCAGGUGACGGCAUCGGGUUUUGGUGUCCAGCAUGGAGGCGGGGACGCCACUGUCCUCUCUCUGCACCCCAGCUCUGGUGUUGGAUGUGGAGAAAGUGAAGAAAAACGCCCUGAAGAUGAUCGAGCGCUGUGAAAGUAUGGGAGUCACUCUACGGCCCCAUAUGAAGACUCACAAAACCCUAGAGUGUGCGGACAUCAUGACUGGUGGAUCAAGGCGGUGCAUCGUGGUCUCCACGCUUGCAGAGGCUUCUUUCUUUGCUCAGCAUGGAUAUGAUGACAUCCUCUAUGCCUAUAAUCUUCCCUUUGAUAAGGUGGAGCGUUGUGCUGCCUUGUCAGAGAAACUGGACCUAUUCCAGGUUCUGUUGGACCAUCCGGAUGCCCUGCAACUUCUCAAGAAGAGGCCGCUGAAAGAGGGUCGACUCUGGCAUGUGUGGUUGAAGUUGGACUGUGGCAAUGGACGAGCUGGUAUCCUGCAUUCAGAACCAGAAGCACUGGAGUUGGCCCAGGCUAUUGCUGAGGCACCUGGGGUGGAGCUGACUGGUGUGUACGCCCACUGUGGGAACACCUACCACUGUAAGGGCGUGGAGCAAAUACAAGCUGUUGCCCGGGAAACCACCAACUUUACCCUGCAUUUCAUGGAAAAGUUAAAGAAUCUUGGCAUCAGCUGUAAAUCCAGCAUUGGAUCAACUCCCUCCUGCAGUCACCCUGUCAAAGAAAUGGAGCAACUCAGCGAGGUGCAUCCAGGAAACUAUGCCUUCUACGACGUGCAGCAGUCGCUGAUCGGCUCCUGUGCUCUGGAGGAUGUGGCUGUCAGGGUCUUGACUCGAGUUAUUGGACAUUGUCCUCACAGGAACCAGCUGCUCAUUGACUGUGGUUGGACUGGACUGAGUCUGGAUGGUGCUGGGAAACUUCCGACUGGAUACGCGGUGAUUGAAGGCCAUCCAAACCUGAAAUUGUUGUCCAUGACUCAAGAGCAUGGACGAGUGGAACCAAUCACAGGGAAACUGGAUUACAGCAAAUUCCCCCUCGGGACUCUGCUUUCACUGAUCCCAUAUCAUUCCUGUGCAACUGCGAUGAUGCACCCUGUGUAUCAUGUUACUUCCGAGGGCCGUGUUGUAGGGAAGUGGGCACCAACCCGCGGAUGGUGAAGAGAAGCCCUUUUAGCUGAAUUUUUUUUUUCACUUGGAAAGUCACCUCAAGCAAGUUUGUGCUUGGAAAUAUUAUUUGGUUAUGAAAAUGAAUAAUUAUGUGCCAUGUCAUUUGUAUCUGCGGUUGUGGUUGUUUAAAUCGGGUACAAAGAAAGCAAAUAAAACAUUAAAUAGGACAGUUGAAAGAGAACAUUUGCAAAUAAAAUAAUGCAGCUGAAGAAAAAUAAUGUAAGAAAAGGUAGUACUAAGUAAUCUUUUGAGAUAUUUUUGUUUAUACUUAACACAUACUUAACUCUUUAGGGUACAAUUUUAAGUUCAAUAUAUACGUAUAUUCAGAAGACAGACAUCGAGAUAAUAAUGAACAAUAUAAAAUGAAAUUCCUGACUGAACAUGAAUGGAAUGUUUAAUAAAAUAAAAGAUGUGUUUUCAUUCCAGUGAUCUAUCUAUGAAAUUAUUAUGUUUUUUUUUACAUAAAGCAUUUCUCCUUGUAUUCCAGGAUAUCUACGAUAGAGAGACAUUCGCGGAACCACUUAAUCAAUAUACACACAUGAAGCUUUCAUGCAGAUGGAAUAAACAGUUUCCCUGAUUCA